UGACACCGCUCUUCAUCCUCUGGCUCGCCUCCCUUAUUUGUAUCUCUCCUCACUCAAGUAUCCUUCGAAUUUGCUCAAUAUCAGCUCCAGUAGCCAUUUACCGUCACACAAUUCUAUACCCAGCACAGGGCCGCACCUCAUUAUUCUUGCGACCAUGAAGUUCUUAUCAACCGCCGCGACGUUCCUCCUCUGCGCUGCGCCCUUCUCUGUCACUGCCCGGUCUUUGGACUUCUUUGACAUCCAGACACCGAUCAAGGCAGAAGGAAAGCAUGUAGAGGGAGAAAACCCGCUCGAGUACUGCAGUGACCCUUCUAGUUAUAUCUUGCAAAUAGAGAAGGUCGACCUGUCGCCUAACCCUCCUCUUCCUGGACACACACUCACCAUCUCGGCCAAGGGUACUUUCAAUGAGAGGGUCGAAAAGGGUGCUUAUGUGCUGCUGGAGGUCAAAUAUGGCUUAAUCACUCUAGUCCGGCAGAAGGCCGACCUGUGCGACCAGAUCGUCAAUGUUGACCUCGAAUGUCCUCUGGAGAAGGGCGAGAUGACUUUGACUAAACAGGUUGAUCUGCCCAGCCAGAUCCCUCCGGGCAGGUACAAAGUGCACGCCGAUGUUUACACUGCAGAUGACAGGCGGAUUACCUGCCUUGAUGCACCCAAUGUCGAGUUCAAGAGAAACUUUCUCUGAUAGCUUACUGGCUACUUUCGAGUACAAGUCCUGAUGUCGGCUCGCCACUGUUCACGCUGGAUGUCCCUUGGUUUCUUUACACAUAACGAGUUGACGUUGCGCCUGCAUAAGCUGAUUUCCCAUUCUUUUUCCCGGCUAGACCUUCAGUCUCCAGCCUCACUGUGAUCUCUCAAAGCCCACGAUGGCCAGGUUUCGUGCUUUACCCUUGUUGCUGUAAAGCUUUCGUUGCGCUACAUCGACUGCGGCGUUCGGAGCAAUGGCUCAAAGACACAUUGUAGUACAUUCUUAUCACCGUCCGCUUAAUUUUCUUUUACUCAUUGGCACUAAUCAGCAUUUGUACCAAAAUCGCAUUCAGAAGAUUAAAUCAAUGCUACUACAGCUCAGUGGGAUGCUAUUGGAUAACCAAGAUUGACGCCCAGCGUUAUAAAUGAAUAAUC